AUAUUAUAUUAAGUGAAUUAUGUAGGAAAAUGUUGAGAUGCUCAAGUAGGAAGUAAGAAUUCUAAAACAAUACGUAAUAAUGAAAUUAAGAAUAGGUGAUUGAAUUGAAUGAAGAGUUAGCAGAAUAUAAGAAGACGAAUAAUAGUUUAUAGAUGUAAUUGUAAGAAAUUCAAGAUUCAAAGAAUAUGUAUUAAGACAUUAAUUAAUAAUAACAAAAAAAGAUUGAAUAAUACAAGUAGCUCUUACUAAGAUGUUCUUCUUAAGUGGCAUCUCAGAGUGUGUUAGAGCUUACACAAUCUUUUAUUCAAAAAACAUUUGGUUAGUCAAAAUGUUAAUUAGGACCAAUAAAUUAUUCUUAAGUCUAUAAUGAUCAGCCUUAAAGUUAAAAUGCGGUCAAUUAAGAGAUAUUUGAAGCAUUCUAUAUAUUUGGAAUAGACAAAAUUGAUUCCACUAAUUAAUCCCAAUAUGUAGUCCCCUCCAAUUAUAAGAUAUUAUAUUAACAAUAUAAAGAGAGAUUCUUUGAUUAACCAAACAAUGAAGAGUUUUAGAAAUUUAAGGAAAUUGAAAAGAAUAUUGAAUAAUUCAUACACCCCUCUGGAGUUGAAGUACAAAGGAUGUGCGAUGAAAAUAUUAACUUUGAAAUAUCCAAGUAAUAUUGAAUUUAAUGUAAGGAUACUCGUAUAAAGAAUUAAAUUUGAAAAUUUUUAUAUGAUAAAUCUUAAAGGAGAUGAUCUAAUGAAAAAUCCUUUGAAUAUUAAAAUACUUCAAUCAUUCAAUCACGAAAGAUAAUUAUAUGGUUAUUGUGCUGCUAUUGAUGAUUUUUUGAGCUAACCUGAUAAAAAUGGUUAAGUUAUUUAUUGGUAAGUUAAGAAGGUUCUAUGUUUUAUAACAUUCUUUCCAAUUUAAAGUGUAUUUUAUAAUAUUUUUGAAUAAAUUCUAUGUAAUUAUAAUUAUAUUGUUAGUUAUAAUGAAAUAAUGGCGAUAUUAUGUUAUGAAAAAGGAUGAAAAUCUGAUAAAGCAAAUUGAUGGAGUAAAAAUAAUAAAUGUAAUAAUAAUAUUUUAUCAAAGGACACAGCUCAGUUGUUAAAUAGGAUAAUCUAAAAACUAUCAAAGUAGUCGUUUAAAUCAUAUGGAGAUACUAUAGAUGUCAAUUUUUCAAGUAUUGUGGAAGGUUUGUUGCCAACAGAUUUUAUUGAUGAAUUGUAGGCAACAUUAAAAAUUUCUAAAUUCUAAUACAAAGUGCCUGAAGAAAAAAGUUUAUAUUUUGAAACUAAAAAGUUGGAAACCCAUAUUGUUCUUAAAUUAUUUACAAUAGAAUAAUUUUUCAUUAUUUUUGAAGAAAUCCUUAAAGAAGGAAAGAUAAUAUUUUGUUGCUAAAAUUAACACUUAUUGACUGCUGUUGUAUCAUUUUUCUAUACUAUUUUGAGACCGUUUAAAUGGCUUCAUCCAGCAAUAUACAAUUUGAAAAUUGAUUCAGUAUUUGUUGAAUAAUUUGAAAUGCCCAUUCUUAUUGGUAUUAAUAUGCCCUACCCAAACUUAAGGUUCAACUAAAAGAUUAUUUUAUUAAAUAGAAUGGAAUCCGUGUUGUAUGUGGAUAUUAACGACAAUCUAUAAUUAGUUAAAAUAAUUGAGUAUAAGGGUAAAGAAAAACAAUAAUGUUGGAAUUCUUAGAAAAAGUAGCUGGCACAAUAUUUUCCAGAAAAUUAAAAAACUAUUGGAGGAUAUCUUGCCUUUACGCCAAAUUAAAAGGAUGAGGAAAGAAUUAAAGGAUUUUUGGAAGAAUUCGAAACAUUUAUCAAAGUUUAUCUAAUAAAGAAAAUCAUUCCUAAUAAAGAAAACUGCUUUUUAAAGGGAAAUGAUUUAAAUAAAGCAAUGAUCAAAACUGCCAUCAAAAAUCAAAUUGAAAAAGAAUUUACUGAUAAAAAUGAUAUUUAGUUUAUUCUUAGCCACAUACUAGAGGCAGAGUAUUUUUUAGAGUAUUUAAAGCACAUUUAUAUAAAAUGA